UCCAGGCUUUCGUCGCGGAGAGGCUUCGCCGCGCUCUUCUAGGCAAGUACGUGUGACCUCGGCGGUCUUUUCCAUUCCUCCUACGUUCCCCAGCUUCAUUUCUACAGCUGUUCACCGAAAAGCAGCAGAAAAUAUUUCCGUCCUGUAUGGAGAGCAAUGCUCUGAAAAUAGCCCUUGUGCUCCCACUGCAUGUUGCAGGCAACAGGCAACUACAGCGUUGGAAGGAAAGUGCAGGAGACUCGGAGCCAGACUGGCAGCAACCUCCCCAGCAUAUGCUUGCAGCCUCUGAACCAGCCAAUCCUACCCUAAGAAGAGCUCAUCUUUCCAAUGUGGAAAAGGAGAAGAGAUGACAACGAGAAGGACCACCAAGAUGACCCUCAUUCAAAGAGGAAUAAGAAGGACCAGGCCUUCCAGGACCCUCGCGCUAUAGAGUCGUCAAGCAGUGCUAAUGAAAGAAACCACAGCAGCAUCAAUAUCCCAGUACGAGGAAGUGUACCAGAAAGCAGCUUAAACCAGAACAUUGCUGAACUAUACUCCAAUAUCCCCGAGUUCUCACAUGAGGACUAUGCACUGUGCCAAGGCCAAGGUCCUUACUCCCACAUUAACCAGAUCUUGAAGGAGGCCCAUUUCUACAGCCUACAGCAGAGAGGACAAUCACCGACGUGAUGACCUGGGUGCUCCUCUUCCAUUGUUUAUAAAAAGCAAUGACAUUCCCACAAAGCAGUCUUGGCUUUUGUCUGUAUUUUCAGUAAGAGUCAAUGGGCAUUUGUACUCUUUUGCUGAUUUGCUCCACCACUGAGAUUUCAUAGGGUCAUUCGUGACAGUUUGAUGUGUUUUCUGUCAAGUCUGGUGUCCAAUUCAUGUUUAAAUAGCAGCAUGAGGAUUUCUCCUGAUACUGAAUGGCUUGUUUGUCCCAUUCAGGUUGGGUUCCAAGUCACUCAUUUAGUGUCUCCAGGUUAAAUGUCCUUGUACAAUGUGACCCCUCCUUCUGAGAAGCUAAGGCCCAUAAAAGAAUGUGUACUUUCCCUUAAAACAUGAAAGAACAAACAACAGCAACAAAUAAGCCAACACCAAAGCGGUAAUGAGCAUUGAUUAGAGGGAGAAUGGGGCUUGUUCUCAUUCUGAAAUGAAUGGCAGGGCAGCUCCUCAGAAGGGAGAUUUUCUACCUAUAAUGGUGCAAAUGCCAGCCUCUGCAGUUGUGAACGUGAAGCCUGGGUAUGGUAAAUGCACUCCACAUUCCGAGUGAGAAGGCUUCUUCCCCAAUGCCCCUUUGUGUUCCCGUCAGACUUUGUGGAGAGCACUUGUAAUUCUGUCAGAGAUUAAGUGCAAAAUCUAGAUAUGAACAGCUUGUGUAUUGUUCCUUACAGUUCCAUCCAUGAUGUGUAAUGAUGAUAAAGUCUAAGCUACUGCACACAAUAUCUGACUAAAGAGCUGUUGAAAAGCUGGGUGGGAUGAUUGUUCCUUGUAUAAAAAGUCUUUCACACGGAUGAGGGCAUCUCACACCAUCAAAAUCAGUGCAGUUGUUUGGGGUGGGGUGGGCCAGUGGAACAGUGCCUGCUCAGCCUGUGGCAGACCCCAGGAAUGGUAAACCCAUCAGCACAAUUAAUGUGGCUUAUGAUGAGUGAACUUGAGGUGCCAUUACAAGAAGCAGACAAUGACACUUAGUGAUGGACCUGUCCCCGUGAAUAGUCACAUUGAGCAGCCAACCAGCCUGUGCAGGGACUCCCUUCCUUAAUGCCCAAGCUUUCUCAAUGAUCGGGUCAGUGAUCAAGGAACCAGAAGGCACCAAUUCCAUCUGCCCUGUAGUCAUGAGGGUUACACAGUUUUCACAUUUAUGGAGAAGAGUUUUGGUCUGUUUGCUAAGGAAGGUCUUUAUGAAGGGAACCACAUGCCACACAAAGGACAUAUGUUAUGGCUAAUGUUUCCCAAGUGGGGGAAGCAGGUCCUCAGGAGAAGAUGUUAGUGUUCUGGGCAGGGGACAGUGAACAGACACUCGGAUAACAAUUUCUCUUUAAGAGUGAGGCAAACAGCCAAAUAAUAAAGCUGAGAAGGAAUCUGCAGUCUGAAACUGCAUGCCUGCAGCACAAUUCAGGAGCCCCUAAGCAGAUCAGUGCAGGGUGAGAUCUAUGGAGGGCUGCCCACCUGGGUUUGAACCACUAUCAGUCAUGCAGGCGAGAUAUCUUGGGGGAAGGUGCUUUUCACUUAACCUGACAAUCUGGGUACCAUCCCUUGCAGUCCCGUUAUGGAAAGAGAACAGACUCCAGGAAGUAGUCCUCUACCCUCUUGAAAAACUCUCUCAUUUCACAUUUGACCAGAGCUGGGCCAGAACCCUAUGUAUAACAGGCUGGCCUGGAACACAAGCCGGUCAGCUUGCUUCUGCCUCUUGUUUGCUAGGAUGGAUUGCUUGUGCCAUCAUGUCUGGCCUUUCUUAAACAUUUGUUUGUAUUUUUUGUAAAGUCAGGCUCUCCCUAUGUGACCUAGCCUUAACUGGAAUGACUGUGUACCUCUAGCUGGACCCUAACUCCUGCAAAUCUGCCUCCUCCUAGAGUCUGAAUCUCUUGUCCUGGUAAAUACAUUGUGCCAUCCCUUUACUGUCUUUUGCAAGCUGUUUAUCACCAGCCUAUGUCCUAACAGCUUCCAAGAAUUUAUUGAAAUGGUGUAAGCCUACCCUCCACAACCAUCCUUCCAGUAAUGUAAAGUAUUUUCUAAGACUGGCAAUAUAGAGAAGCAACCCUUUUCUACUGAAGUCUUGUACCUACAAAAGGGAAGAGUGUUUCACCAGGGGUACAUGGAUGUGUUCAGAGAGUCAGGACCUAACUGACCUUUGGAACAACCUAGUAUAGGCUCCAACUCCAGUGAGGUACUGGAAACAGAUGUAGGUUGAGGCUAGAAGUCACAGGCAGGGAAGGAAACUUGUUGCCAAGUCAUCCACCUGUGCAAUCAGAUCCUGAAGAAUGCGACAGGAGUCCAUGUGCAGCAUAAGACACACAACUGGAGAGAAAACUCCAGCGUUGAAAACCAGGUCUCUUCAACUUAGUACAACCUCCCUUUGCAGUAAUGCAAGCGGGAUGUUUUAGGACAGGCUGGUCGAUUCUAGAAGCUUCUGGUGCUGUCCACUCAUUGCAUUGUGCCACUCGACAGUAUUUAAGCCUGCUGAUGCCAUGAUGACCAUAUUCAGUGGACCUGAGACCAAGGAACAAUAUUUCUCUCUCUUCCUCCCUUCCACCUCUCUGCUUCUCUGUCUCCUCCUCACUCUCUGCUCUCUCUCUCUCUCUCUCUCUCUCUCUCUCUCUCUCUCCCCCUCU